ACCGAAAAGGUUGUUUUUACCAUUCAAAGACUACUUAUCUUUUUGUUGCUUUGUGAUUGCUGAAUGUAUUGCAGCCCUGAGACUUGGGAUAUCACUAAAUUCAUAAAGAAAGAUUAUCUUCCAUCUAGAUUACGUUGCUUUCAUAUACGCCCGGUUUACGUGGAUAGGCGGCAAAAAGAAGAGUGGCGGAAAUUCUUGCAAUUCCUGAAACAAUAUGAAAAGGUUGCUCUUGCAGAAACUGAGAAUUUUCAGUUUUACAUUCUUCCUCCUUGUUCGGACGGAGAAUUUAGUCAUGCUGUGGUGAUGUAUACUGUCACCAAAUGCCAAAAUCAUGUCACAUCCGAGAUUAGAAGUGAAAGUGAUGGAUUUCAAUUAGAACAUUCUAAAAGAGGUUCUAAAUAUGACAACCGAAACCCUCCUGAUUGCAACUCUGAGGAGAUGAUUGGAGAUAACCAAGCUCCUCAGUCGAAAGUUGAAACUUGUAGCAGAUCGGUAUGUAGUGCAACGAUGCAAACUGGUCCAGCGAAGAAUUACAUGUGUGCCCAUCCUAGUUAUUUGAAAACCCUUGGUCAAACCCAUUCCGACUGGAUUUUUGGUGCUGUUGCUGAAUUAGUGGACAAUUCUAGAGAUGCCAAAGCAACAAAGUUGGAUAUUUCUAUUGACAUGAUAUAUUCGAGAAUUGCUGGCAAGGAAAUUCCAAUGCUGGCAGUUGUAGAUGAUGGUCAUGGGAUGAGCCAUCAGGAGAUCAUGAAAAUGGUAUCUUUUGGGCGCAAACAACCUGAUACAAGCGAUUCAAAUUAUAUUGGGAGAUAUGGUGUUGGAUUUAAGACUGGAGCAAUGAGACUCGGCAGGGAUACGUUGGUUCUUACCCAGACUACAAACUCCAGAUCAAUUGCUUUUCUUUCGCAAUCGCUAAAUGAAGACAACGAUAAUAUAGAGAUCCCAAUUGUAACGUAUUCUCGGAAAGGGCAAUUUAUGGAGCUUGAUACAAAAGUCCAGGCUGAAGCUUUAGCAAAGCGCAACUUGAAAGCCGUAAUGGAAUUUUCACCAUUCAAUAAAUAUUUCAUUGGUGAAAAAGCAGGCUUGUUUCAGAGAAAAGGUACAGGAACUCAGAUAUACAUAUGGAAUUUGGACGAAUGGGGAUCAAAGUAUUCUUUGGAAUGGGUCAACGGGAUGAGUGGUGGUAGUUCAUUCCAUCAAGGUGACAUAUUUAUUUGUUCACGUAGGGUCAGAUCCCGCCUCGGCCAGAUGACUCAACAGGUUCCAUUAGACUAUUCGCUCAGAUCCUAUUUGGAAGUCAUCUUCUUAGAUCCCCGAAUGAAGAUCUAUGUUCAAGGGUCAUUGGUUAAAAGUCGGCCUUUAGCAAGAUUUCUACACAAGACCAGCAUAGAAAAUGGUUUUGUUUUGGGAAAACCAGUACAACUCAUCCUUGGACACUCUCAGUUGGACUUGGAGCAAGGAAAUUGUGGAAUUUUUUUAUAUUGGCAUGGGCGGUUGAUCGAGGCUUACAAAAGAGUUGGGAGCAUGAUUUAUAAUGGAGAAAAGAGUCAUGGCAUUGUUGGAGUAAUAGAUGUCACCAAUGUGAUGGAUGAUGCUAGUGGCCGUGUUUGGGUGCAUAACAACAAACAAGGAUUCGUGGAUUGUGAACCUUAUGCUCUACUUGAAGAUUGGCUUAGUAAAAAGGCGGAUGAGUACUUGGAUACCAAUUUUGACAAAGUUCAUGUGACAAAAGGUGGUUCUCGGCAUAAACCGGAUCAUGAAUGGGUGCAAUGCGACAAGUGUAGAAAAUGGAGGAUGCUGGACCCUGAUUUCGAUAGCAAACAACUUCCUCAAGAAUGGUUUUGCUACAUGAAGCCCAUCAAUGGGAAAUGUGAGAUGCCAGAGCAAAAGCUAGAACGUGGAGUUAUUACAAUAUCUUCACAACGAUCCGGAUAUAUUGAUUGCAAUAACUUGGUGGAACAAAAGAAAGUGCAACCUCAACUUCAAACUCAAGGUAAAGGGAGCGAUAACAUGAUCGAAGAUGAUGCAGGAGUUGCUUUGCGUUUCAAAAGACUUAGAAGGGGGCCGAAGAUUGAAAACCGAUAGUAGAAAGAAUUAACACCAUAUUUUUGUUUGUAUAUGGAUUACAUGUACAUGAUGGGUAGAAAGAACCAAUGCUUCUUGAUGCAUAUACUCUACAUGAUGUAUUACUUUGGCUAUGUAUGCAAGAUUGCAUACCAAUUGA